UUGAAGGGUGGUAUAGUUAUUAAAGCCAAAGAAUAUUUACAGGCUAAGAUCCAAAAGCAUGAAGCGUUCGAGGCAGAAGUCCAAGCUCACGCUAAAACCAUCAGUAAUUUGGACAAGACCGGUAACGGAAUGAUCCAACAUGGGCAUUUUGCCAGUGAAGUGAUCAAGAAGCGCCUUGAAGAACUCCAUGCACUUUGGGACAAGCUCUUCUUCAAACUCAAAGAUAAGGGUAUUAAGCUGCAACAGGCGCUGAAAUUGCUACAGUUCAUUCGACAAUGCGAUGAAGUGCUUUACUGGAUUAGGGACAAAGAGGCAUACGUAACGGCUGAAGACAUGGGCAUGGAUUUGGAACAUGUCGAGGUGCUUCAACGUAAAUUCGAAGAUUUCUUGAAAGAGCUUGGAAAUCAUCAUUAUCGUAUAAACGAGAUCAAUCAAGCAGCUGACAAAUUAGUCGAAGACGGACAUACCGAACAUGAUCAAAUCUACAAGAAACGAGACGAAGUAAAUGAGGCUUGGCAUCGCCUCAACACAUUAGCGGCAACUAGGAAGGAAUCUCUUUUUGGAGCGCAUCAGGUUCAGCGUUUCAACCGAGAUGCAGACGAGACAUUGGCUUGGAUUGCUGAGAAGGACGCUGCCCUUUCAAGUGACGAUUACGGUCGUGAUCUAAAUAAUGUACAGGCUUUGCAAAGAAAGCAUGAAGGCACAGAAAGAGACCUGGCUGCUCUGGAAGGCAAGAUGCAACAGCUGGAGAAGGAGUCUGCGCGCCUAUCCGAAACCCAUCCUGAUCGUGCAGAUGCUAUUGAAGCCAAAAUGCGUGAAGCCAAGGGACAGUGGAACGCUCUGAAAAGAAAGGCUCAGGCGAGAAAGGAGGGAUUGGACCGUAGCCUGCAGCUGCAUCGGUUCCUUGCUGACUACAGGGAUCUGUGUUCCUGGAUUAAUGAUAUGAAAGCUGUUAUAUCCGCUGAUGAGUUGGCCAAAGAUGUUGCCGGUGCAGAAGCGCUACUCGAAAGUCAUCAGGAACACAAAGGAGAGAUAGAUGCCAGAGAAGACAGUUUCAAUCAGACUGCUGUUUCUGGACAAGGCCUUUUGGACAUGGGUAUUCCAGAGAGCGAUGAGGUGCGCCAAAAAUUGGAACAUCUUGCUUAUGAAAAAGCAGCUCUCCUUGCUUUGUGGGAGGAACGUCGUAUCCUUUAUGAACAGUGCAUGGAUCUACAGCUGUUUUACCGUGAUACAGAGCAAGCUGAAACGUGGAUGAACAAGCAGGAGGCCUUCCUCGCUAAUCAAGACCUGGGCGACUCUCUUGAUGCCGUCGAAUCACUGAUUAAGAAGCAUCAAGACUUUGAGAAAUCUCUAGCUGCACAAGAGGAGAAGAUCAAUGCUUUGGAUGAGUUCGCAACGAAGUUGAUCCAGGGACAGCAUUAUGCUGCGGACGAUGUGUCUAGGAGACGCCAUGCCCUUCUGGAUCGUCGCCGGCGACUAAUGGACCGCGCAGCUGAUCGUGCGCGUCAACUGCACGAAAACUAUAAGAAGCAGACAUUCAAUCGUGAUUGCGAUGAAAUGGAGAGCUGGAUCAAGGAGAAGCUGAAGACAGCUAAGGACGAUUCAUACCUUGACCCAACGAACAUUCGUGGAAAGCUUCAGAAACAUACCAACUUCGAGCAGGAACUCAAGGCUAAUCGCAAUCGCUUGGACGAAAUAAACGAUACCGGUGCACAAAUCAUUGAAAGCGGUCAUCCAGAAGCUGACGAUGUGCGCCGUCGCCUCCAAGACGUAGACGAAUUGUGGAAUGAGCUCGUUGAUGCUACCAACAAGAAAGGAGCGAAACUUCGUGAAGCCGGUGAUGAACAGCAGUUCAAUCGCAAUAUCGAGGAUGUGGAGCUUUGGCUUAGCGAACUUGAAGGCCAGGUUGCCUCCGAAGAUUAUGGAAAAGACCUUGUUUCUGUGCAGAAUUUGCAAAAGAAGAUCGCACUGCUUGAGAGUGACUACCUGGCUCAUCAGGAUCGCAUAGAUGGUAUCAAAGGAUUG